AUAUUUAGCAAAAUUAAAGAAAAUAGUCUAUCAUGUAUCUUAUUUUUGUGAGUCUAAAGUUUCCUGUCUAAUUUACCCUCUGAUCAUGGCUAGGGAAACAUAUAAUUAUAACUAUCUGGUCUUCAACUUCAUCAAGGACCUGAAAAGGAUGUAUUAUUACCUGCCUCUGUCUUGCAUGUGGCAAGAAAGGCGUAUCAGAGUCCUCACACUACACCUGGAGUCUCACCGUCUCCAUCUCGUUCUCUGAACCCAAGCUGUGAUGCCCUGGCUUUUCCCAUGAAUGUGUCAUCCAGUUUCUGUCUACAUGAGACUCCUCUUCCCUUACAUCAUCUUGUGUUAGUCCUCUGACCUGAGGCUUAUCAGAGUCCUCACAUUACACCUGGAGUCUCACCGUCUCCAUCUUGUUCUCUGAACUCAAUUGUGAUGCCCUGGCUUUUCCCAUGAAUGUGUCAUCCAGUUUCUGCCUACAUGAGACUCCCCUUCCCGUUACAUCAUCUUGUGUUAGUCCUCUGACCUGAGUACUCUAAAGAACACAUUGUUGAAGGACCCAGCCUGGAACCCCGCUGUUCUUCUCUCAGUGGCAGCUCCUCCUGAGGAAGGGGGCACACAGCACUCUGAGGCACCUUGGCCGGCCUGCCCCCCCAGCCUGUCAAAGCUCGGAAUAAUCCUGAGAACCAGACAGCAGGAUGGAAGGGACUCUGCUGAGCGCCCUGCUUCUCCUGGCAUUUCUUGGCAGGAGCCAGGGCAACAAAGAUGAGCUGAAACUGUAUCACCAUCUCUUUGACAAUUACGACCCAGGAUCCCGGCCAGUUAGGAGGCCUGAGGACACUGUUACCGUCACCCUCAAGGUCACCCUAACCAACCUCAUCUCACUGAAUGAGAAGGAGGAGACCCUGACCACCAACGUCUGGAUCGGAAUUGACUGGCAGGACUACAGGCUCAAUUUCAGUAAGGCCGAUUUUGCCGGCGUCGAAACCCUGCGGGUCCCUUCAGAAUUUGUAUGGCUGCCAGAGAUUGUUCUGGAAAACAAUAUCGAUGGGCAGUUUGGAGUGGCUCACACCUGCAAUGUUCUGGUCUACGAGGGAGGCUUUGUGACCUGGCUGCCCCCCGCCAUCUACCGCAGCACCUGCGCAGUGGAGGUCACCUACUUCCCCUUCGACUGGCAGAACUGCUCUCUCAUUUUUCGCUCCCAGGCCUACAGUGCUGAAGAGGUGGAGUUCGUCUUUGCGGUGGAUGACAAUGGCCAGCCUAUCGACCACAUUGAGAUCGACACGGAAGCUUUUACUGAGAAUGGAGAAUGGGCCAUCGACUACUGCCCAGGCUCGAUUCACCGCUAUGAGGGAGGCCCUGCGGGAGUCCCUGCAGAAACUGACGUCAUCUACACGCUCAUCAUCCGCCGGAAGCCGCUCUUUUACAUCAUUAACAUCAUCAUACCUUGUGUGCUCAUUUCUGGCUUGGUGCUGCUCGCUUACUUCCUGCCUGCUCAGGCCGGUGGCCAGAAAUGCACGGUCUCCAUCAACGUCCUGCUAGCCCAGACUGUCUUCUUGUUCCUAAUUGCCCAGAAAAUUCCAGAGACAUCUCUGAGCGUGCCACUACUGGGCAGGUAUCUUAUUUUCGUCAUGGUGGUUGCCACGCUCAUUGUUACGAAUUGCGUCAUCGUGCUCAAUGUGUCUUUGCGGACGCCGACCACUCAUGCCACAUCCCCUCGGCUGCGCCAAAUUUUAUUGGAGCUGCUGCCACGCCUCCUGGGCUCGAGCUCACCCCCGGAGUCUCCGCGAGCUGCCCCACCCGCGAGGCGAGCCUCGUCCGUGGGCAUUCUGCUCCGAGCAGAGGAGCUCAUCCUCAAGAAGCCGCGGAGCGAGCUUGUGUUUGAGGGGCAGAGAUACCGGCACGGAACUUGGACCGCGGCCCUCUGUCAGAACCUGGGUGCUGCAGCCCCUGAAAUCCGCUGUUGUGUGGAUGCUGUGAACUUCGUGGCUGAGAGCACACGAGACCAGGAAGCCAAUGGAGAGGAAGUGUCCGACUGGGUGCGUAUGGGGAAGGCCCUCGACAACGUCUGCUUUUGGGCAGCUCUGGUGCUCUUCAGCGUCGGUUCCUGCCUCAUCUUCCUUGGGGGUUACUUAAACCAAGUUCCUGAUCUCCCCUACCCACCAUGUAUCCAACCAUGAGCCUGCACCAGCGCCAGCCCCGGCCCUCCCCCUGCAAGAAGCCGGUUUUGAAAACGGGCUGAUAAUAAAUCCGUUUUGUGAACUUC